GUGAACACUAGUGAGCGAUACUCAUACGUUCCACUGUUACAUUGUGAAAUAUGGCUAGUCAAUUGACCCAGUCUAAAAAGAGAGCGCUCGAUGAUAUGGACACUAACACCAUUAACACCAGUACUAGUGAUGAAGAAAUUUCAAAGGAAUGUGAAAAUUUUCAGAUGAGAGAUGUCAUGCACGGUAUAACUAAUAUACAAAAUACUCUUGCAAACCUUCUACUAAGGAUUGAUGGACAAGGUCGCCAUCUAGACGAAGUUACCAAGGACAUUAGAGGAAAACAUGGCAUUCAGGAGAGAUUAGAAAACGUACAAGAACAGGCGAACGAUACGAUAUAUAUAACCACUGAACUGCAGGAAAAACAGAAGAAGAUGGAAAGAGAACUUAGCCGAAUGAAAGAUUACAUAGUUCGACUGGAGUAUUGUGUAAAGAUUCAAAGUCAGAAGCUCAUUUUCACGCAGAGCAAGACGGUGUACAGGGAAAAAAUUGGUAGCAGACCAAUGGCCGAUGAGAUCAUCAGUGGAGAAGAGGUAAAGAUCGCGAUCAGUACGGGGAAGACAACAGAAGACAAUGGAAACCGGUUUGCUGCCCACGCAACGCCAGUAGAUUCCUAUAAACAGGUGAGACGAUCGCUUGUGGAAGUUAUGCGGACAGAUAACACUACCAGUGCAAGUCAUAACAUUUAUGCGUUUCGGUUCACCAGUAACGACGGCACGAUACACGAGGGAUCGGAAGAUGACGGCGAGCACGGAGCCGGGAGAAUGCUACUAAAGACACUGACUGAUAAUGACAUAAAUAACGCACUAGUGGUCGUUUCGCGGUGGUGUGGUAGUAAGAUCGGUCCUAGACGGUUCACGCACAUCACAGAGGUUGGGAUGAGUGCGGCGAGAAAUAUGCCGGUUCCCGUCUGACGCUUCAAAAUGUAAAUUAUGAAAAGUCACUAGCAAAAAAUACAAACUUACAGUAAAUAACUUUUUCAAUUAGUUAGUAUUUGUGUACUUUCAUCGAAUUUGACUAUUACGGUAAUUCUGCAUAAACUAAAAUAUUUAUUCUAGUGGUUUAGUGGUUUUCGAUAUGACUAUAUUCAUGCUGCACAUGAUAUCUGGAUUAAUUAUAAAUUAUGUUUAGGUUUUGAUACUUUCCGGAAUUUGCAAGUGUAUACGUCACUAUUUUUGUGUUUUUUCAAAGACUCAAUUUCCGGUAUAGAUAUCGUACAGCAUGGAUCGUGUAAACUUGUAAGUUUUUGAUCAAUUUCUAUUCUAUCACUCAACUCAGAGAGGAGUCUGUGUGCAUAAUUUCAAUUUUAAUACAGUGCAAAGUGCGACAUUUUGAUAUGGAUAAAUUUUUGUUGUAAUUACAUUUCAGAUAUAUUUCUUUAAUAGAAAAAAAAACAAACAUGGUAACUACAACAAAUUGUAAUUAGAAAAAAGGAACUGAAUAGGAAAGAAAUUGA